UCCACCGCGCACUGUGCACGCAAUUGCACCAUCUGGGUGCAUGUGUGUGGUUCUUAGGUGUGCAAUGCACACGCAUGAAUGCCAUCUGAGCGUAUGCGUGCUGCACGCCGCGUGCUCUCGCACACGUGAACAAACCUACGUGCAUGCCCAGGGGAGCUCCGAAGACCAGGCUGGGUCACCUGAAUUGCAGGUUAUGCGCACCACGAGGCCCAAACACCAGCUGAGGCACUCACUCAUUCACAGCUGCAGGAGACCGAAUACGAAAUCACUUGUGAAUGUCACCUAGGUGAGAUCGUUCUUCUCCGUCUCCGAAAAGAGGCUCCGAGAGAAGAUAAAUCAGACAGCUGGUAUUGUGAUUUUGUUGUGGUGACGUCGGCCGAGGGGGUGACCUACAACUUCCCUUGCUACCAGUGGAUAGAGGACUCCGGCCCACUGGAGCUCAGAGAAGGAACUGCAAAGACACCAGCCAUGGAUUCCCUGCUGAGGUUACAACGACAUCGGAAGGAAGAGCUUCAGCAAAGACAGGAUAUCUACCGGUGGAAGGAGUUCGCUCCCGGGGUGCCGUACCGUCUGGACGUCGACUCGUUUGAGGAGCUGGAGACCAACGUCAAAUUUUCCUGGAUCAAAGCGGCCAUCUUCCAGCAAAACGCCGAACGCAAAGCGGUGGAACUCAAGCUGAAGGGCUUUUCGGACCGACAAGAAUCCUGGGAGAACCUGGAGGACAUCAAGAAGGUUUUCUGGUUUAACAAGACCGAGAUGUCAGAACAUGUCACGGAAUAUUGGAAGAGGGAUGAAUUCUUCGGCUAUCAAUUCUUAAACGGGCUGAACCCAACCGUCAUCCGGUUAUGUACCCAGGUCCCGGCUAAUUUUCCCGUGACCCAAGAGAUGGUCGCCGGAUCGCUGGGUGACUCCACCACCUUGCAGGAGGAGUUGAAUAAGCAAAGGAUCUUCCUGGUGGACUACCACAUCUUGGAAGGCCUUUCUCCAGGGCUGAAUAAUGGACGUCUUCAGCAUAUAGCAGCUCCAUUGUGUUUGCUACACUUGUCUUCUGAAGGACAUCUCAUGCCUCUGGCCAUCCAGCUCAGCCAGUCUUCCCCAUCUCCCAUCUUCCUGCCCAGCGAUCCGGAAUGGGACUGGAUCCUGGCCAAGACCUGGGUGCGCAAUUCGGACUUCCACAUCCACCAGGUUCUCACCCACCUGCUCCGGACGCACCUGCUGGCGGAAGUGUUCACCAUGGCGACUCUCCGCCAACUUCCGAUGUGCCAUCCUCUCUACAAACUUCUGAUCCCUCACACUCGCUUCACCCUUCACAUCAACACCUUGGCAAGGACCCUCCUGGCUGCCAAAGGCGGAGUCUUCGAUAAGGCAACUGGCACUGGGUUUGACGGUUUGGUCCAGCUGCUGCAGAAGGAGAUGACAUCCAUCACAUAUUCCUCCCUUUGUCUCCCAGAAGACAUCAAGGCUCGUGGAAUGUCUUCCUUGCCCAACUAUCACUACAGAGAUGAUGGCCUGAAGAUCUGGGCAGCUAUAGAGAGCUUCGUCUCCCCCAUGCUGGAUUUAUAUUAUAAGGCGGAUUAUUCCGUCCAGGAAGAUCAUGAGCUGCAGGGUUGGAUCUACGAGAUUUUUCAGAAGGGUUUCUUGGCCCGGACGUCUUCGGGCAUCCCGUCUUCGUUCAGCACCGUGGAAGAAGUCAAAAAAUUCCUGACCAUGGUGAUCUAUACCUGCUCGGCCCAGCACGCUGCUGUGAACAGUGGACAGUUUGAUCUCGGCGCCUGGAUGCCGAAUUUCCCUUCCUCCAUGAGGGAGCCCCCCCCGAAAACCAAGGGCCGGGCGAGUCUGAAGAGCUACAAGGAGACCAUUCCAGAAAUCAAUACGACGGCCACCAUCCUCAGCACUCUGUGGCUUCUCAGUGCCCCGACAGGAGACAUGAUUCCCUUGGGUCAGUAUCCCCACCGUCAUUUCACUGAAAGGGAUCCCAUCAACCUCAUCGCAGCCUUCCAAGCCCACCUGCACAAGGUUUCCGAGGAAAUUAAGAAGAGGAAUAAAUCCCUCGCUGAGAAGGGGCGUCUCAUCAAACAGGAUGCAUCUCUUCUUGUCGCUUACAAAUACCUUGAUCCCGCUGAGAUAGAGAACAGUGUCAGCAUUUGAACGGAAGACUUAAAUGGCUCCUUUCUCUGGAAGAUUUUAAGCCAACCGAAUAUUAGCAAGCAGGGAGCGUCAAGUUUCUAUAUUGUGUUAAUGGAUACAAAAAUGUGUUAGAAAGAUGUCUAGGGAGGUUUUCUGUCAUCUAGGUCACGGUUUGUCCCAAAGGUGCUUGUCUUUUCAAGAGGCAACUGGACUUUCUGGAUUUUUUUUUCUUUGAAGAGGUUUCGCUUCUCAUCCGAGAAGCUUCUUCAGUUCUGAAGAACUGAUCUUCUUUGCUCUAAAGAACUGAAGAAGCUUCUCGGAUGAGAAGUGAAACCUCUUCAAAGAAAAAAGUCCAGUUGCCUCUUGAAAAACAAAAAAGCGCAUCGGGGUAUUUUUAGAAAGACGCAAACAAAAGUUGUUUAAAUUAUAAGGGCUAGUGGAAAAUACAGGUAGUCCUCGACUUACGAUGAUGACAAUUGAGGCCCAAAUUCCCAUCGCUAAGCAAGACAGUUAAGCGGUUUUGCUCCGUUUUACCACCUUUCUUGCCACUGUUGUUAAGUGAAUCAGGGCAGUCAUUAAGUCAGUCACAGGGUUGUUAAGCCAAUCUGGCUUCCCCCCACUGACUUUGCCUGUCAGAAGGUCGGAAAAAGGGAUCACAAGACUCCAGGACAUUGCGACCGUCAUAAAUAAGAGGCAGUUGCUAAGGGCAGCUGACUUAUUUUUGUCUUCGGGUUUCUGUGUAACCCAUCCUGUUUCCGCACCUCUUUCUGUUUUUUUAAUAGCUUAUUUGUGCAUUUUCAUUUAACAUACAUAAGUGCUUUGUGAACUGUGUAUUGUCUGGGUCGAAUGCUGCCGGUUUGGACUGGUUCGGGCGAACUGGUAGCGCCGAGCAGUUGGCCUCACCCACUAUCCUGUCCUUUAUUUUCUACUUUGUAGAAUCAUCUCAAUUUGCGCGCACAGCUGAUUCCUCCCCUUGCUGUUCAACUUACUGUUGCUGACUUGGAAGGUAUAGUAAGCAGCUGAGCUUCUAAAUGCUCUAUUUUCAGCGCUGCGCGCAAGCGCCUUAGAUGCCCGCUCACCGAACCAGUUGUUAAACUGGCAGCAUUCCGUCACUGGUCGAACGCUUCCAUAAUAAUGUUUUCCCAGCUCCUAAUUUCUGCCUCUAUUAGCCAACCAUGUGUAAAACAAAUCCCAUAUUUGAAAGCACUCUGCAUCUUCCUUUUCUUUUAUCUUUAAUGUCAGUCUAUCCAUUUCUGCACAAUCGAAUAUUUUUUUUUAAAAAAAAAAUUACGUCUCCUUCUCUCGGUGUUUCCUCAUUUUUCCAAUCCUGUGCAAAUACAAUUCUUGUUGUUUUUAGUUGCGAAGUCGUGUCCGACCCAUCGCGACCCCAUGGACAACAUUCCUCCAGGCCUUCCUGUCCUCUACCAUCCUCUGGAGUCCAUUUAAACUCAUAUCUACUGCGUCAGUGACUCCGUCCAGCCACCUCGUUCUCUGUUGUCCCCUUCUUCUUUUGCCCUCAAUCUUUCCCAGCAUGGGAGGGACUUCUCCAGUGAGUCCCUCCUUCUGAUUACGUGGCCAAAAUAUUUGAGUUUCAUCUUCAGGAUCUGGCCUUCUAAAGAGCAGUCAGGGUUGAUCUCCUCUAGAACUGACUUUUUAGAACUACAAUUUUAGAACUGUAGAACUUUGUAGAACUUUUAGAACUACAAUUCUUGCAGCUGUCCAAAUAUGCAAUAUUAAGUACAUUCCCCUUAUUUUAUUUUUCUGGUAUUACGCCUAACAAAAAAUAUUUCUGGCGUAUAAUCUAUGUGCAGCUUUAACAUUUUUUUCUAACCAUGUAUCCGGGUGAAAUCUACUUACCUUCCUUCCCAGAUCACAAGAUUUGGUCAGAACCGUGAGCAUUUCACCGCUAUGUAUGUAUGUAUUUUUAUCCAAUAAUUCUUUGCUUUCACACACCUCCACCGCAUGUGAUAGUAUGUGCCCAGUGUUUCAUUACAUUUCCAACAUUUUCACACCUCUGAAAUUCCUUGCUGCUUAAUUAUAAAUACAGGCUGUCCUUGACUUCCUUAGGAAAUUAAAGACAAUCACGCCUACACCUAAUUAAACCAACACUUUUUGCCAAUAAAAUACCAAUAGGUUCGUAUCAUUCAAGCUGUAUCUAAUCAAGCUUAUGGCUUGAGUUCCUGGAUGAGUUCAGAAGUAGAUUUACCAAUGCGAACAAUUCCAGAUAUGUGAGUUCAGGAUUGCAGCCAUUAAACCAGGCGUAGAAAUAUGAAAAUAUGUGGACAGUUUUGAUAGUGGUAUCUCUCUUGGUUUUGAAUGUGGUGCGGUGCGGUGGCCUAGAGGUGGAACUCUCGCCUCACAAUCAGGAGGCUGUGAGUUCAAUCCUAGGUAGAGGCGGAUAUUUCUCUCUCUGGGCACACUGAGAAUAUAUCUGCCGAACAAAACUCCGCACUGGCAACAGGAAAAGCAUCUGGCCAGUAAACAUUCGGCUCCGUUCAGUUGCCCAGAACUCCACCCCGCAAGGGAUUAUGGGGUCAUUAAAAGGAGAUGAUGAUGAUCUCUCUUUGUUUUGAAUAAAAUAAGAAAAUAAGACUGGGCUGAUUACAUUAAUAUUACUUAACAUGUUUGAAAACCAGCAGGUUCUGACAGGUUCUGGAGAACUGGUAGCGGAAAUUUUGACCAGUUCGGAGAACCGGCAAAUACCAUCUCUGGCUGGCCCCAGAGUGGGGUAGGAAUGGAGAUUUUGCAGUAUCCUUCCCCUGCCACGCCCACCAAGCCACACCACUCCCACCAAGCCACGCCCACAGAACCGGUAGUUAAAAAAAAUGGAUUUCACUACUGGUUUGAUCCCUUACAGAUUAAUAUUAUUUAUUUUUCCUAAGAUAGGAAAAAGAUAAGAUACAGCUGGUCCUCAACUUACCACCACAACUGACCUCCCCCAACAUUUCUCUUGCUAAGCGAGAGAGUUGUUAAUUGAGUUUUGCCCUGUUUUAUGACCUUCCUUGCCAGAGUUGUUAAAGUGAAUCACGGCAGUUGUUAAAUUGCUAACACAGCUGUUACGUGAAUCUGACUUUCUGCAUUGACUUUGUCAAACGGUCACAAAAGAGGAUCACGUGAUCCCGGGACACAGUGACCGUCAUAACUGUGAGUCAGUUGCAUUGUCUGAAUUUUAAUCCCAUCACCGUUGGGGAGGCUGUGCCGGCUGUUAAGUGUGGAAAAGUCCCUUUUUUUUCAAUGCCGUGGUAAGUUUCAACGGUCACUAAAUGAACGGUUGUAAGUCGAGGACUACUUAUAUAAGCAGAAAUGGAGAUGAUUCGGUGCUGCCAAAAAGCCAUUGCUUUUCAUCUAGCGCACCACUAAAAAGCCAAAUUAUACAACAAAAGCCACAUCUACAAGAGGGCUGCCAUUGUAGCAGAUUAUGGAGUCUAAAAAGCACUUGGGCAAUAAAAGAUGGUGUUGCAGGAAGCCCCGGUCCCCAGAAUAAAAUAUUCUUUACUCUUAAUAUUAAAAAGAGGCAGAAUAUAAUAUUUCCCCUGUAGGAGAAGAGUCUUCUUAAUGGCAGAAAGAAGCCCCAUUUUUUUUUCUGCUAUAGCAGGAGUCGGCAACCUUAAACACUCUAAGAGCCAUUUGGACCCGUUUCCCACAGAAAAGAAAACACCGGGAGCCACAAAAACCCUUUCCCAUGCCUGACUAUUUCUUCAGCGGCUACAAAACUAGCCUAUGUAGUUGAAUUAAACGUUCUGUUUUCUUCCGAAACUUUUCUUUUCUUGGAUUUAUCCAUGGUUGGUUGUAAAGCUGUUGUGCCUCGUCCUCCCUCCUCUCCUCAGCCGGGCCCCUCCCAUCUCUUCCCGGGCCUGCUAUCAAAUUUGGAGUCUGAUAAUGAAGAUGAAUGGCCAGUCAUGCCUCCCUCCUCCCCAUGGCUGGACAGGAUGUCAGGAAUGAACAAACAAACCUCACUCCUACAGCGUGUGAGCAGAGAGCCAGCCACAUGCUGGAAUUCCCGGCAGCAGAUCCAGCGGAUGAGAAUUCACAGUGGGACGAUCCUUGCUUCCGAAGAUCUGAGAGGUGACGUCAGCAGAAGGAAGGGAGGGGCAGGCCUGGAUAAGUGCUGAGUCAUGGAGCCACACCCCACAGCCUGUAUAAAGGACCAGCUUGAGUCAAGCAACUUUGAGUCAAGCAAAGUCUCAUUUAGUUUGCUGAAGUCACACCUUGGACUCCUGCCUGCCCUGAGAAAUCUGAAAGUAAUUUGGCAAAGCUGCAGAGGCUUCGUGGCCACGCUUGAUAUGGACUUCCUAGACCCGGUCGUCGGAGGGGGAGGGGGACACGACAAAAGCUCAAUAAAUCGCAUGCCGGCAGGUGUCGUACAUUAGCGGUUCUGACACGUAUUUUGAGCGACAGGGAGCCGCAGAAUGGGGCUGAAAGAGCCACACCCCGGCUCCAGAGCCCCAGGUUGCUGACUCCUGUGCUAUAGGGAAACAGCCUCAAACAAAAACAUGAAGGGCCCAGUCUUUAGGAAUGGAGAUUUUUGUAUCCAUUCGGAAAGACUGAGUCACUCUAUUCAUAAGCGAAGGGCAGCCAGAAACUCCAGAUAAGCAACGCAAUAGGCAGGAAGCCGAAGCUGACAAGAUUAUCUCAGACUAAUCUGAGUCUAAUCAAGACUAAUCAAUCAGACUAAUCAAGGUCUCAGUUAAAGACCUUGGAGUUUUCAUGUCAAAUGAUCUAAGUGCCAAAGCCCACUGCAACUACAUCGCAAAAAAGGCUCUAAGAGUUGUAAACCUAAUCUUGCGUAGCUUCUUUUCCAAAAACUCUAUACUACUAACCAGAGCAUAUAAAACAUUUGCUAGGCCAAUCCUUGAAUACAGCUCGCCUGUCUGGAACCCAAACCACAUUUCUGACAUCAAUACAAUUGAACGUGUCCAGAAAUAUUUUACAAGAAGAGUUCUCCACUCCUCUGAAAACAACAACAUAUCUUAUCCCACCAGACUUGAAAUCCUGGGCUUAGAAAACCUGGAACUCUGUCGCCUUCGACAAGACCUAAGUUUAACUCAUAGAAUCAUCUACUGUAACGUCCUUCCUGUUAAAGACUACUUCAGCUUUAAUUGCAAUAAUACUAGAGCAACCAAUCGAUUUAAACUUAAUGUUAACCGCUCCAAUCUUGAUUGCAGAAAAUAUGACUUCAGUAACAGAGUUGUUAAUGUUUGGAAUACACUACUUGACUCUGUGGUCUCUUCCCAUAAUCCCAAAAGCUUUAACCAAAAACUUUCUACUAUU